ACCACCACCGACGUUGAAGCUCAGGCCAUAGAGAAAGUUGCAACGAAUCCCCAACCCUACCAAAACAUUAAAUCGCAUCAUUUUUAAUAUCCGUAUUCCUAAUGACGUCCGGCAAGAUGCCUCUUAUCUUGGAUAACGCUAUGGGCGGCGAAGCCAUGCAGGUUGACUUAGACGAUGUUGACGAUCUAUUCGGCGACGGAGCACCCCUUUCUCUCCCUCCACGCCCUGCAAGUAAACGCUUGCGCCAGAGACUAGAUGAGCUCAGUGAACGAGGCUGCUGCCAGAAAUUAGUCUGGUCCAAAGGAGGCACCAUAGCUUCCUUCACUCCAGACGGUCAAGCCCUGCAACUAAGAUACAUUCGUGCAGAAAAUAAGGAUGCUGCUUUUGCCCUAAGCGAUCCCACUACUAUCGCGCCAUGGGCAAAUCUCCCAGGUGGUCCCCUCGUUCAUCUCACCUGGGGUCCCGUCAACUCAGAGCUCGCCGUUAUCGACGCUGUGGGGAGGGUUCUCAUCCUUAAUUUCAACGCGAAUCUCAACCGACCGUCUCUUUCUAGAAAAUGGGAGGAGGAUCCCGUCGACGAUUCACAAGCCAUCGUGGGAACCUAUUGGCUCCAAAACCUUCCAGUUGCAAACCCGAGGUCCCCCCCAUACACACCGUGCUAUGCGCCAGCUGUCAGAAACGGCAAUGGAAACAAUUACAACUAUCAAAUGACACCUAUCAUUAGCACCGGCCCGUGGCAUCCACAUCCAAAUAAGUCAGCCCUUAUAUGUAUUACCAAAAUGGGCGUACUUAAGAUGUUUUGGGGCCAGAGCAAUGGUAAAAUCGAGCAAACAACCUUAGAACUCGAAAAUAUCGGAAUUGUAGAUGAUAUGAUAACCCAUGCUGCAAUAUGUUCAGACAGGACAAAAACCCUCAUGAUCGGUAUGAUAACCGCAUCAAAACAAUUGCGCGUCGUCCAAGUUGGCAUCAAUUGGGGCAUUCCCAAAACCGAGGCCGGGCAAAAUGCUCCUCAAGGCGGUUAUCAACUUAGCCCAUCACUCUCCAAGAGACACGUAGCAGUAACUAGCUGGUUUGAACCUGGCUUUAGAGAUCUCCAUCUUGACGCGUCUAUGCCAAAAAUCAGCCAUAUCGUGAUGCUGCCUACAAUACUUAAGGGGUCAACAAAAGAGUGGGCCCCGUUGGGAGUCCUGACUGUGCGAUCUCUCAUACCAGAACCACAUUCACCAUACUCCCACGAACCACAAAGUAUUAUUGACCGAUGGGAACUCUCUUCAGACCAACAGCAGACUGUCAACUCUGCAUUUGAACAGCUAGGAGCUAGGAGGAACAGUACUACCUCCAGUCCUCCGAAUAGUGGCAGACUAAAAAAGUUAGACCCCAUAACUAUCAACAAGGUUGUGAUGGGUGUCGAACUCACCAAUUUCGGAAAGGUUCUCUGUUUCACAUAUAACGAUGGUAGUGUAGAAUACCGAGAUCGAUUCACCAUGGCCGAAUUAUACCAUGAGACAAAUCUAGAUCGCAUUAACUCGAUCCAUGACGCUGGGUUUUCGCAAAAUGGAGAGCCAUCAUGCCUUCAAAUAGCCCUUUCGCCAACGAACUUCUCUUUAGUUCAGCUAUGCGAGGACGGUAAAGUGAAAUGGCAUAGCAUCAAUUAUACGGCAGCAAAUCCAGAGUCCAUGACAGAUGCGCAGGUUUCUGCCCUGGUUGCCAGCUUUACCAUAUCAACUGCGCAAGCCGCAUCUCAUAGUGCAAAUAUAGACGAUAUCCUAGCCGUAGCCAGGAAGUUCGCCAAUAAAGACGCCUUUACGAUUGAGUGGGUGAAAACCAUGGUGCAAAUGAUGAAGAUAACCGUUGACUACACCGAAGAUGCCCCACACGACCAUCUAAUAAAGAACGGUGUUUUGCAGAUGUGCCUAAGCAUCAGUAACUAUCUAGGAUGGAGAGGUGAUUCCAAACCGCGACAAGCUUGGGGGAAGCUCUCCAUGGUGGCUCUAAAUCUACGUAACAUAGUUAUCAUGAUUACACUCUCCAGUAACAACAUCAGUGUGAAUAAAGGCUCCAUGACUCCACUCGAUGAACCCGAUGUUGUCAACGCUUUGGCUGGUUGUGUCAAGUGGGCAACUGACUUACUCUGCUGGCUAUGCGACUCGCUUUUCUGUCUCCUUGACGACGCCAAGUUUAUGAGCCUCCUAAAACAACGUCAAUCUCAACCGAUGGCGGAGUACUUGCGCUCGAAGAACGAAAUUGCCUUACACCUGAUAUUAUGUUCGGCAACACGUGGUCUACUUUCCGCAUUAUGUCGCCGUAUUACCCUUCUUGAUUCUUUUUCUACCAAGGCUAUAACCUGGUACGAGAAACGAGAAGAAAAAGCCGAUCCAAAUUGGGUCGAUCCUCGUGCUGCCGCUCACGCUGCCCUAUACACCGCAUACCAGAAAAUGCGUCGAUGUACAUCAUCACUCGUCAAAGCUGAUGAAUUUGAUAAGUUACUUGCUAGUUUAGGCGCUGAUAUACGUUCAGCCUACAACGAAGCACUUGCGGUUCUUAACCAACCUCCACAGGGUCAGAAUUCGGGUGCGCCUAGACCUGAACCAUCUCAAGAGGCUAUCGCCCGCGGACGUCAACACUGCGAACUCAACAUGCUCGUUUUGCAAGCACCCCCACCGUCCUUCGUAACUGUCGUUGCGAAAUUCUUUAACAACGAAUUAAGGGAAUUCCGAUCCCACGUAGACGUCGCGAAGCUAUAUUUCGGAGAUUAUUCGAUCCUCGAGAUUAACGACGAGCCUCGCGCCGUAGAGAAGAGACGAGCUAAGGGCUUGAGAGUGGACCUCUUCAAGAAGAUAGUAAUUUCGAGGAAACCUGUUGAUGGUACUAGUGGAGGAGCUGCGAGGGCCCAAGCGUCGUGGAGAGGAUGCGCUCGUUGUGCAAGCGUUAUGGAGGAUCUUGCCCUGAUCAACAAUAAGCCAGGCUUGACUUUCUUGCUUCGCCAACAAUUUCAUUGUUCUUGUGGCGGUCGGAUGGCUGUUCUAUCGCCAGAGACACGUCGGCGUAACUAAACUUGUUUAUUAGCUUGGGACUGAGCGCUAAUAUACCCAUACUACGAUACGUAGAGAUAGCGUAAUAGUUUAUUUGGUA